AUGGAGGCGCUCAUUCAACGGAUUCCUGGGAUGCCGGCUCCGAUUAAGAAGAGUGCAGCAAGCUGUUAUGCAGACUCUCCAUUCAUAGACGACAUUGCAUUAGUGGAAAUGCCAAAGAAGUUCAACUUCCCAAAUAUGAAGAUGUUUGACGGGACGUCUGACCCGGAUGAUCACAUUGCACAGUAUAGGCAGAGGAUGUUCACCUUUGCUAGUAGCAGGAAACUUGAAAAGUCUGCAGAAGACCUCUACAUCAUAGUUCAACGACGGAGUGAGCCCUUACGAGAGUACGUAGGCCGCUUCAACAAAGAGAAGGUUUCUAUAACCCAUUGUAAUCAGGACACAGCCAUCUCAGCCUUCCGCAAAGGACUCCGCUACGACUCAGACCUAUUCAAAGAACUUACCAAGUAUCCUUGCAAGACGAUGAAAGACGUUCUCGCCAAAGCCUGGGCACAUAUCAAGUGGGAGGAGGAUGAAGCUAACUAUUAUCACUCUUCUCCAAGGAAAGACACUCGAAUAGACUCAAGGAUAGGCAGACGGCAGAGUGAUAGACGAUCUGAGCCAUACCCGUAUCCCAACAGAUCAGAGAACAGAAGGAGGGAGUACAACCGGUCGUCCGAGACACGUCUGCGAGAUGGACCAAAGAUACCAGAGUACAAUCUUUCAAUUUCACCAGCCGAUGUCGUUGGCGUACUGAAAGGACUCGGAGACAAAGUGAAAUGGCCGGAAAGGAUGAGGACUCCGUCUGACCAGCGAGACAAAGCAAAAUGGUACAAAGGCAAAAGAACAUUCCAGCAGGAGGCAGACAAGUCAGUCGUCCGAAGAGAAGUAACCCCACCGAAGCCACCUACUCAUGAACGGAUGGUGAACGUAAUAACUAGUGGCUCUGAGGUAAGCGGAGUCACCCAUUCAGCAGCCAAAAGACAUGCCAGGAAGACCAACUGGAUCAAAGGAGAGUGCAGCAAGACAGAGAAGAAUACCAUCAACCUACCAGCUCAAACCAUCAGUUUCUCAACAACAGAGUCAACCAGACUCCUCAACCCACAUCAUGAUGCUCUUGUCAUUGCACUUUACAUUGCUAAUUGUCUUACUAAACGUAUACUUAUUGAUAAUGAUAGUUCAGCUAACAUUUUAUUUUUAAGUGAUCUCAGGGAAAUGGGGAUAGAUGAAUCAAAGAUUAUAAAGAAGACUACAAUCCUCAUCGGUUUCAGUGGAGAACAAAAGAACACACUAGGAGAGAUCGAGCUACCUGCCUAUGCCGAAGGAGUCAAUCUAUGCACAAGAUUCCUGGUAGUAGACUCUCCGUCUGCUUACAACGUGAUACUGGGUCGACCAUGGAUACAUGAAAUGGAGGCAGUCCCUUCAACAUACCACCAAGUCCUAAGGUUCCCAACUAAGUGGGGAGUAAAAGAAAUUAAAGGCCAACAAAAAGAUUCGAGAGCAUGUUACCAGACUACAUGA